AUGGCAUCAUCCUCCGGUCUCCGCGUCUUUUACUACAACACACCGCCGAACGCUCGCAUCCCGACCCCCAUCAACACCACUAGCACCAAUAGCGCCAGCAGCCCCAACACCAACCCCAACCCCAACGUCACCGACACGGACAUCACCGACACCGACACCGACAUCGACAACGAUGGAGGAGACGAUACGCCCAGCAGCAGUAUCACGCGGCGACCACAACCUAUCCCCCCGCCUCUCGCCCACCUCCCGACCUUUGACUCGCGUUUCAGAUCAACUGAACCGCAAUUUUACUUUUACCACGUCGUGGAUACGCGAGACGCGAGUCUGCGUGUGCAUGUCCUGGGCUCGGGGCUGAGCUUCACGUUUACGCACGAGAGGGCGAGGAGGCACCUCAGCCCCGGGCGCAUCGCGCAGGGCCUGCACCGCAAGACGACGGGGUUCUUGGCCCUGGUGCGGACAUGUGGUGGCGACACCAGCAGCGGCAGCAGCGGCGGCCGUGAUGACAUCGGCAACAGUAACGGUGGUUCUCCAGAGCAUCAGCAGCAGCAACGCACGGUGCUGGUCUGGGCAGAGAGCGGGCACGGCGCCGGCCGGACAGGCGACAUGCUGGACCCCACGCCGGGUGCACUGCCCAACGGGAGGUGGACACGCCGGGCGGUGGCGCUCGCCGCGCUGCUCGGCCUGCGGACGGAACGGCCGUUUGACACGAUGGGGCUGCGGGAGGGACAGCUGGACGAGCGAGCGCGGGAGCGCCUCAGGGGGGUGUUCCUCGCGUCGCAUGUCGAGGUCAAGCUCGCGACGCAUGGGGUGUACGCGCUGCUGCAUGUAUUUGGGCUGUACCGGGAGUCAUCAUCAUCACCGUCGCGGCGUCAGCAUCAACGCAACAGUGGGAGCAUCAGCGGCAGCAGCAGCGGCAGCAACAAUACCAUCCGUAACGCAAGUCGCGGUCUCGAUCUCGCUACGCUGGCGCGCCUGCGCGAGGUGCGCUGGGACGACGGCUCGCGGCCGAGGCUGGAGGUGUACUUUUCGAGGCGGAAUUGUGUUCCGUGCGGGGCGUUUGUGAAGAGGCUGAGCGAGGUUACGGGCGUGAGGAUCGAUCUGAUCUGGCGGGAGAGAUUGACACACGUGGUGUAUGAGACGAGGGCUGGUGGUGGUGGCGGCGGCGGCGGCGGCGGCGGUCUCGUCCGGGAGCCGAACCCAGCAGCGUCGAGGACGGCUGCACUUCAGGGUGUUGGAGGAAGCAUGGGGAACCUUGAAGACGUCCUGAUGAGAGACGGCCAGAACGGAGGUGGCAUUGCUAGCGCCCAGAGACAGCAGCAGCCAGACGACGUGCAGAUGCUCGACGUGGUGGACCUUACUGGGACGGCGUCGCGGUGCUGUAUCGACCUUACGGGGGAGCCGCAGACGACAGAAGCGCCAGUAUGUGACCUCACGAGCGAGGGAACAGCCUCGGGUGUGGAGAAAGAUGGUUGCACAGACGACAACAACGCCGCCGGGCGGAGGGGCAUAGACGAGGACACGCGCGCGGCGUACAUGGCCGCGUACCUCGACGGGCUCGCCUACUGCGUGGGCCAACUCCCCCGGAUGACGACUACGACGUCUAUCUCUCCUCAUGGACACAUGGCUAAUGCAACCUCGAGACAGGGCGAAGCAUCGGCUACACAGGGGGACGAAGCCUGGCGCGCGGUGCGCACGGCGAUAGUCGACUUUGCGAAGCGCAUGCUUCUUCUCCGGCGCGCGGACCGCCCUUUCGACACGGGACGGCCCAGAGACGGCAAGGACGGAACGAACAUAUCUGAUGCGCAGGACCCGUCGAACGGAAAGACUACGCCACAUGACAGACGUGCGGCCCGCGCGCAGAGGAGGAUGAGGGAGGUCAACAAGCCGCUGCCUGCGACGCCCGAGACGCGGCCCCCGGCGUGGAUGAUGGACAUCGACGGCGAGGAGGACAUUUGGGAGAUGGACGAGAUGGCGAGCCCGACGGUUGCCAGGAGGGAGGCGGGUGCCUGUCAUGGCCCGAAGGGCGCAAACGGAGUGGAGGGGUGA